GUAGGAACAGCUCGCUAGCUAGCAGGCUAGCUGGUGCGGCUGCCUCUUCGUUCGUGAGCGCCAUGGAGGAGAGGCGGAGGCCCCGCGGGAGCGCCAGCGGCUGGAGGCGCCCGUCGUCGCGCGCGGCCGGUGCUGCGCUGCGCCGAAAGGUGCGGGAGCUGCGCCGUCUCGUGCCCGGCGGGGAGGAGGCGCCCGCGGGGGCCCUGCUUGUCCGCACGGCCGACUACAUCGUGGGGCUGCGGGCUAGGGUGGAUCUUCUCAGGGCACUCGCGGCCGUCUACGGAGUCGGCGUGGGCGCCGUCGUCGCCGACGCCGCCGACGCUGAUGCGUGCGCUUCAUGAGUUGUUUAUCAACCACUAGUAGUAUAGUAUGCCGUAGAUUUGUGCGUGCAUAUAAACACGCACUUGAGGAUUCAUGCAUGCGGCUUUUAGUUAAUUUCAAAAAUAGCAUGCAGGCAUGCAGCCCAGCUCGUCGUCCCAUGCACGUACCACACUGGUACGUGUGCGCCCAUCAGUUUAACUUCAUUUGGAGAAAUGUUUGUGAAAUUCAGAAAUUGCAGGAAAGAUCGAUGUUGUCUACAAUUUUGGAUUCGUUGCUAUCUCUCUCUUCUUCUUUUUUUCUGAAGGUAUAUUCAUCUUAUUGUUGUUUAACUAGCCGCAGGUUUGGUUCUGUCCAUUGAUUUAUUAUUCCCGGGAUCUCGAUCUCGGUUUGCACCUCAAGAUAAGCUCUCUUAUGGAUGUUCCAUACACCACUCUAUGCAGAGAAACAAAAUGUUUCUCUUUUUAUUUAGGAG